UGUAUAUUAUUACCUACAGAUAGUAGAUUGUUCUGUUUUUAUUCUGUAUUUAUGUUUAUAUGUAUAUUAUUACCUACAGAUAGUAGAUUGUUCUGUUUUUAUUCUGUAUGUAUAUUAUUACCUACAGAUAGUAGAUUGUUCUGUUUUUAUUCUGUAUUUAUGUUUAUAUGUAUAUUAUUACCUACAGAUAGUAGAUUGUUCUGUUUUUAUUCUGUAUGUAUAUUAUUACCUACAGAUAGUAGAUUGUUCUGUUUUUAUUCUGUAUUUAUGUUUAUAUGUAUAUUAUUACCUACAGAUAGUAGAUUGUUCUGUUUUUAUUCUGUAUUUAUGUUUAUAUGUAUAUUAUUACCUACAGAUAGUAGAUUGUUCUGUUUUUAUUCUGCAUGUAUAUUAUUACCUACAGAUAGUAGAUUGUUCUGUUUUUAUUCUGUAUGUAUAUUAUUACCUACAGAUAGUAGAUUGUUCUGUUUUUAUUCUGUAUUUAUGUUUAUAUGUAUAUUAUUACCUACAGAUAGUAGAUUGUUCUGUUUUUAUUCUGUAUUUAUGUUUAUAUGUAUAUUAUUACCUACAGAUAGUAGAUUGUUCUGUUUUUAUUCUGUAUGUAUAUUAUUACCUACAGAUAGUAGAUUGUUCUGUUUUUAUUCUGUAUUUAUGUUUAUAUGUAUAUUAUUACCUACAGAUAGUAGAUUGUUCUGUUUUUAA